AUGGAAGAGGAGAUUGGCAAUUUAGUUGACACUUUAAGCUUGCUUUAUUCAACUCUCAAAGAGAAAUCAUUUACAGACUCUAAAGAAACACAAACUAAUCCUGCCGAUUACCAAAAAUUGUCAAUGAUUCAUAUGAUCCCAAAGCAUGUCCUUCGAAAAAUUUUCCUUUAUUUAGAUUUCAUCACAGAUAUCCCUGCAAUAACUGAGUCCUGCAAAUAUUUCAAUAGUAUAGUAAUGUCUAGGCGUUUUCAGGUCAGCUUGUAUACAAUUCUCUCGAAAAGAAGCCCUAGAACAAGAGCAUCUACUCUGCCACCAUCACAAUCUCAAUCAGAUUUUGAAGAAUCCAAACAAAAGCCAGAAAUUGAAAUAUCUUCUGGAGGAGACCCAUUAAUUUUACUUAAAAAGGCGAAUAUAGUAAAAAACUUUUUGGCAAAUCAAAUUUUACAACAAGAGAAAAAAAUCGAAGAAAUGAAUAAAGAGAUUGACAAGUUAAAUGAUGAGCUUCGCGUCCAAAAACAAAUAAAUAGCAAAACCAUUGCUAAAAUUGCAUUAAUCUCAGCACAAUAUGAAGCUGAAAAGAGCUCUUCAAUUGAUGCUCAAAGUACUAUAGCUUCAUUGUCAGAACAGCAUAAAAAUGAGCUUGAAAGCUUAAGGAAUGAAAUUGCAGCUUCAGACAAAGAAAAGCUAGAAUUAAAGAGACAUAAAAAAGUGUUGAGUGCUGAAGUAAUUCGGCUGAGAGAUGAGUAUCAAGCUUCAUUGAAUAAACUUGGCCAAUAUAAUGAUGCUAUUUCUAAGAUGAAAAGCUAUUUUGAUGCUAUGUUUUCUUCUAGGGUAUCUCCAGUACUCAAACAAAUAAAAGAACAAGAAAAUAUUUUGUAA